UCAGACUGGAAUCAAUGCGUAAACCUGAGCUCCUCUUUCAGCAGAUGUAGCAGCUCUGCGCGCGGUAGCAGGAAACAAAAUCUGAGAGGAAACGGAGACGAACGGAAGCCAGACCGGGAACAGGAGCGCAUAUGACCGCCUCCCUGGUCCUCAACCCUCGCUGGCCAGCGGACACGGUGAUGUUUGUGUAUGACAACAACCUGGACGACCUGAACAAGAACAUGGAGGGGCUGGUGGGCAGCGGAAACUUCGCCGCUAGCCAGUGCCGCAACAUCAUGGCGCACUCCGCGGCUGCCGCUGCUCUGGGCGGUCACCCGUCCGGUCUGGUGCACUCCUCGGCCGGGUACCCCACCGUGGAUGUGUCUGCUUCCGGCUCCAGUGAGUCUGGAGCGUCCUCGGGGAAGCAGUGCGCGGCCGGACCGUGUCCUGCGUCGGCCGUGCCGCAUCAGAGCUCCUCUGCCGCCACCGCGUUACCGUAUGGCUACUUUGGUAACGGUUACUACCCGUGUAGGAUGGGGCGGGGUUCCCUGAAGUCCUGCACGCAGGCGGCCGGCUCUCAGUACAUGGACACCACGGUGAACUCAGACGAGUACUCGAACCACCGGGCCAAAGAGUUCGCCUUCUAUCACGGCUACCCGAGUCCGUACCAGUCCAUGGCCAGCUACCUGGAUGUGUCGGUGGUCCAGACUUUGGGCACCGGAGAGCCGCGCCAUGACACCCUACUCCCCAUGGACAGCUACCAGCCCUGGGCUCUGACCAACGGCUGGGGGGGUCAAAUGUACUGCUCCAAGGAUCAGGGACAGGCCGGACACCUGUGGAAGUCCGCGCUGGCAGAUGUGGUGGCUCAUCAGCACGACGGCUCGCCUUUCCGCCGCGGCAGGAAGAAGCGGAUCCCGUACACCAAGGUGCAGCUGAAGGAGCUGGAGAAGGAAUACGGGGCCAACAAAUUCAUCACCAAGGACAAGAGGAGGAAGAUCUCCGCCGCCACCAACCUGUCGGAGCGGCAGAUCACCAUCUGGUUCCAGAACCGGAGGGUGAAGGAGAAGAAGUUCGUGGCCAAAGUGAAGAGCAGCGCGCCGUAGCAUGCAGGCUCGCGCGCUCUGGACGGUUAAAUGAAGGAUCUGGAUGUGUCUGUGUGUGUUAAACAUGAAGAAUGAACCGACAGACACCAUACACAUGGAAAAUAAAUGAACUCGAUGGUACUCCUGAUGGACUGGGGCUGUGCGUAAAAGCGCGUGUCAAGAAGAAAACAAAUUUAAAAAAAGGACAUAAAGGAGAAGAAGAGAACCAAAGCCCUCUUCCUGUACAUACAGCACCUUCCUGCCUGCCUCGAUGUAACUGUCUGUCUCCUGUCUGUGUUUUACUGUCUGUCCGUGUUGUUCGUGUAACACACUAUAUGCUGUUCAUACUGUUUAUAACGCCUGUAAACCAGUAAUCCCAGUACUCCCAGUAUAGUGCAUCACUUAAUAAACACCUUUAAUCCCGA